AUGUCGCACUUGGACGCCCAAUUUUCUAUUCCCGUUGGCUCUACGGUUGUAGUGUCCGGGGCAAACGGCAAUAUAGCGAGCCACAUCGUGGACCAACUUAUCAAAACGGGUUACAUCGUUCGUGGUACCGUUCGCGAUGUGAAGAAGAACAAAUGGUUAAUUGAUCAUUUCUCCAACAUCUACGGCCCCGGAAAAAUUGAGCUGGUAGAAGUUCCAGAUAUGUCAGUCCACGGUAGUUUCGAUGAAUCUGUCAAAGGUGCCUCCGGAUUUAUUCACACAGCCACACCGGUGAUGGAGGACGCGGACCCCAACGUUGCGAUACCUGUCGUUAUUCAAGGGACUCUAAGUGCACUCCAGUCUGCUGCUAAAGAGCCUAAAAUGAAGCGCUUCGUUCUCACAUCGUCCUCUGGCGCAUGCACGGCUCCAAAGCCAGGCAUAGUCUUUACGAUUGACUCCAAUACCUGGAACGAAGAAGCCAUAGCUGCAGCGUGGGCGCCUCCACCAUAUGAAGGAUUCGAACGCCUCUUGGAUGUCUACUAUGCUAGUAAGACACAAGGAGAACAAGAAGCAUGGAAAUGGGUUCGCGAUAAUAAACCGAAUUUUGUUCUCAACACUGUCUUACCAAACGCCAACUUCGGCCCUGUUGUUGACAAAAACCAUCAGAAAUACCACAGCACUCUGGGCUGGAUUCGUGCUCUGUGGAAUGGAUUUGCUGGUGAAGAAGGUGUGCGAAAUCAGCCACCACAAUACUACAUCAAUAUUGUGGACGACGCCAUGGUUCAUGUGGCCGCGCUAUUGUACAAAGACGUCAGCAACGAGAGGCUCUUUACAUUCGCCUAUCCAUAUAAUUGGAAUGAUAUCUUGGCCAUUUUUAGGAAACUCUACCCAAGCAAGAAGUUUAUAGACGAUAUUCCGGAUCUGCCGCGCGAUUUAAGCAUUGUGACUAAUGGACGGGCAGAAGACCUUCUUAAGAGGUUUGCUGGACAUGGUUGGACCAAUCUUGAAGAAACUAUCAAAAGUACUGUAGCAGAUUAUUAG